AUGGAGAUGGAUUAUCCAGACGACUUCAGAUGCCCAAUCUCCCUGGAGGUGAUGACGGAUCCGGUGAUACUGUCGUCGGGGCACACCUUCGACAGGGCUUCUAUCCAGAGGUGGCUGGACUCCGGCAAUCAGACCUGCCCCGUGACCAAGAUGCUCCUUCCCCGGCAGCCAUCGCUCAUCCCCAACCACGCCCUCCGAAGCCUCAUCUCCACCUUCGUCGGACCAACCGGGGGGACCAAGCAUGUCAAGCAGAGCAAUCGGCGAGGUUCCUCUCCGGCGGCCGAUCCCGACGCCCUUCUCGCGUCCCUGACCUUCCCCGCCGAUGCUCGGAGCCUGGAUCGAGUCCGCGACCUGGCGAAAGAGAGUCCCUAUUUCCGCGACCUGGUUUUGGAAUCAGGGGCGGCGUCCUCGGUGGUCAUCCGUCACGCUGGCUUCGCCGACUGGCCGGAGCUCCAGGAGACUGCUCUUAUGAUCGUUCUGGAGCUCAGCCUCCACGGAGAUGACGCCAAGGUUGGCCUCGUCGCCGACGGCGUGGUGGAUCGCCUGGUAACGGCUCUCCGGAAUGGCACGCCUGGUUGUCAGGCCCUCGCCGCGACCACGCUCACAAGCCUGGCGAUGCUUCAGGUGAACAAAUGCACCAUUGGAGCCCACCCUUCGGCGAUUGCGGAGUUGGUUGAAGUACUGAGGAACGGAAAGGGGAGGGAGAGGCGGGAGGCGGCAACGGCGCUGUACGUUCUGUGCUCCUUCCCGGAGAAUCGGCUGAGAGUUGUUCGUUCCGGGGCGGCUCCAGUGUUGGUGGAAUUGGCGGGCUACGGCGUGGAGAGGGCAAUCGAGGUCUUGGAGCUGCUAGGGAAGUACCGCGGAGGAAGAGAGGAGAUGGAGAGGGUCGACGGGCUCGUUAGGGUUUUGGCGAGCGUCUUGCGGAAGGGGAGUGCAAGAGGCGUCGGAGACGCCCUGCUGUUGCUGAACUUGCUGUGCACCCACAGCACCAAGAUGCGUUCCGAAACGAUCGAAGAAGGGGUCCUGGAUAUCUGCCAGGGACUGGUGGAGGGGUCUGGCAAGAUUGCGAAGAAUGCCUGCAUGCUGAUGGACACACUGCAGGACAGGGCUUGGGACUAG